CUAGUGGAAUAAGUCAUUUUAUGUACUGGAUUUAAAGCAUUCUUAUAUUUUUAACUCUAAACACAUCUGCAAAAAACAAUUAUUAAAAGCAUGCUUAUGAUGAAUUAAAAAUAAUUUUAUGUAGAUGAGAGAAAAUGCAUAGAAAUAUAGGACUGCACAAAAAAAACACUGAUAGUACCUUGCACAUGCUUUUUUUUCAUCACAAGCGUGGCACAUUUGAAGGUUGGCAGACUAGUAAUAAUCAUAUUAUCAGUCAAGCCCUUUUGUUUGUCAGGGAGGACUGUACUAAUCUUAUUUAGUAAUGCUGUUACAUAACAUCUGAUCCUAUACUGUAGAGUCAGAGAUCAGACAUGUUAAGAUCACAGACAGUCUCAUCUCUGGGGUCUUCUUCAGACUCUGGCACUAACUUAAUAAUAUAUAAGGAAAGGAUCAAAAGGAUCAGUGAUGCUUGCCAUUUAUUCAUUUUUGCUUUUUUAUGGAUUUUGCCUUUUGUGUAUCAGUGCCAUCGCCUUGGACAGUUGGGAGGAUUAAGGAAGCUCUAAAUAAAGCCGGUAGAUUAAGAAACAUGAUACUGGCGUGUUCUGCCUCACUUUGACAGAGUGGAAGGCGCUGACAGACACAGAAAAAAGAGAAUAUUUUUCAUGGAGAAAAUCCAGAAUUUUACAUUAUGUGACGAGAUGAUCACCUGUGAAAAACAAAACUUUUUUACUCUAUAUUGACUAUAUUUCAGGAAUCUAAAAAAUGUGGACAUAUUCUUUGACUGCUAAUAUUAUAAAAAAGAAAAGAAGAGAUGAUCAUGAUUCCAGAAUGGUGAUCCUCACGCCUUAAGCAGCAACAAAAUGCCUUCAAUGGCAAGUCAGGUGCAUCCACAGGUGCACCGGCACAGCCUCUACACCCUGACAGACAGCUCAGAAUGUGGUUCAGAGGAAGAAGAUGUGGACCCUUCCCAUCACCUGACACCCCUAGAAAAAUUAACACUAGAAAUGUGCAAUAAUAAGAAUGUCAUAAAGGAACUGACUGUGGGCAGACGGGUGGGCUUCUACAAAGUCCGCGGUCAAAUAGGAUGUGGAAACUUUUCGAAGGUCAAACUGGCCCUCCACGCACUUACCAAAGACAAGGUUGCUCUUAAGGUUCUGGAUAAGAUAAGGCUCGAUCUGCAGACCCAGAAGAUGCUGACCAGAGAGAUAUCCAACAUGGAGAACUUGUAUCACCCAAACUUACUGCAACUCUAUGAGGUUCUGGAGACUCCAAGUCGAUUGUACCUGGUUCUGGAGUUUGCGGAGGAAGGGGACCUUCACACCAGAAUCGGCACAGCAGGAAAACUCUGUGACCAAGAGAGCAAGAUUAUAUUUGCACAAAUUCUGUCAGCAGUCAAAUACAUGCACGAGAACAACAUCAUUCAUCGAGAUUUGAAGGCUGAAAAUGUUCUUUUUACCAGCAACACCUGUGUAAAGGUGGCCGACCUCGGCUUCAGCACGAGGGUCAAUAAUCGUAACCAAGCCCUAGAUACAUUUUGUGGUUCUCCUCCUUAUGCCGCUCCCGAGCUUUUCAAAGAUGAGUCUUACAUCGGGCCACCUGUGGAUGUGUGGGCUAUGGGCAUCCUAUUGUUUUUCAUGGUGACUGGCACCUUGCCUUUCCGUGCUGACACUAUGCCCAGAUUGAGGCGUGCCAUCCUUGAAGGAGCCUACGUCCUGCCGACUUGGGUAUCAGCUCCUUGUCAGCGGUUGAUCCGGGGUAUCCUGAAGCCAGAGCCUUCUGAACGAUGUGCGCUGGACCAGAUGCUCGGCUGUGAAUGGUUGUUGCCAGUGGAAUUAUUCCGCCCUGUUCCUCCCUUAUAUCAGCUCAAUCCCAUCCAUCUCCUAGAGGGGGAGCUAGACAGAGACCAGGUGGAGAUAAAAGCUAUUAUGGAAAAACUGGGAAUCACUCAGCAACAUAUUCUUAAUAACCAAGGAAAGAGCAUUCGCAGUCCUAUUACAGGGAUUUAUCGUGUAUUGCUGCACAGAGUUCGAAAAAGCAGGGGGGCCGAGUCUGCACCUACAAUCAGUGGUGUUGUCAAAGACCCGAAAAGAGACAGCCUGCGUGUUUACAGGAAUCUACGGCACUCUUCAAAACUGUGUCUUCUUUCUUAAUCAGCUUAUCUUUGUGGGACUUUGCAGAUGUGCAUGCGGCUUGCAGUCUUUCACAGACAAUUUAACGUUAACAUGUGUUAUAUUAUUGCAUUUGGCAGAAGCUUUAUCCAAAGUGACAGUGCAUUACAAGGCAUACAUUUUACCAACGUGUGUUCCCUGGGUUUGAACCCAUGACCUUUUGUGCUGCUAACGCAAUGCUCAAUGAGCUAUACAGGAGCACCUUGUAUAAUGUGUUAUUAUCACUAGUCAGACCUUUAAGACAUUCAUUUAAGAACAUAAUUCUGUGGUGAGUCGUGACACUACAUACCUCAUUUCACAAUGAAUACAUCAUAGGUCUUCAACAGGGGGUCAGGGGACCCUUGGAGGUCCGUUGUGGUAUUACUGGGGGUGCCCCAAAUAUCGUUUGAAUGCAAUUUUUUUUUAGAAAAAUUAAAUUAUGCAUUCAUUAAAUAUUAAACUACGGAGCCCCUAAGGGGACAUGGAGCAAAAAUUAAAUAAAGUUUAGUUUCGCAUGCUCACGUGAAACUUUCACGUGCGCAAGUGAAACUUUCGCUUUCAUAUGCGCACGCGAUAGUUUCACAUGCGCACGUGUAAGUUUUACGUAAGCACACGAAA